AUGGCAUCGUCCGCGGUGCGCCGUGUGGCACGCCGUUGCGAAGAUGACGCUCCCAUCCCAUGGCACGAGCUCCUGUGCUGGGAUGCGACAGACAAUGCACUGCAGGCGCUGCGUUUCUCGUUACUGCUCCUACACGUACACGCACGAGCGCCGCCGCCCACGACGGCAUGGGAGGCGAUACGGAAUCCCACGGGCUAUGCGUUCGUGCGAUUGUCAAGUCUACGUGGGCGUAAGCGAAUUCGGCACGGGCUGCUCGUGGCGACGGAGGGCGUCGCAAAUGUACGGCGGCUUGUGCUGGUGAGUUGGUGGGUAUAUACGUUGGGCAAAGAGUGCCGCGUGCGGAGCCAGCGAGGCGCCCAGGAUGUGGCGCCACACCGUGCGCUGGACUCACUGGCGCAGGUAGGCGAGUGCCUGGCGCAUGUGGGCGAGUCAUUUGAUGUGGCUUCGUUCCUGCAAGGUUCAGGUCUGUUUUGGCGUGCGCUCGGCAUGUCUGCCGUGGCGGACCUGCCGCCGUGGCUACAGCGCCGGCGCCGUGGCCUGGAGCGUGUAGGUGUGUUUGUGUCACUUUUGGCACUCACCAUCCAGCUGUACGUCGAGCACCAGCGGCGCAAGAGGAUUUUGCGGAGCAUGAUGCAUCACGUACAGAGCAUGCAACGAGAAGUGAGGCGCAUUGACAACGAGCGCAGCGCCGCACAGCAGAUCGUGCCACAGGCGCGUGAGCGUGUCGAGGAGGCGUACGCGUGUCUUGUGACCGAGCGCCGGCGAUUACGGUGGCUGGGCGUGGAGCGGCUGUGUCUGUGGGGCGACAUGGCAUUCACGCUGACGGAGGCAUGGGCGCCGAGUCAUGACCAUGAGCUGCUCGAGGCUGGCACGGGCCUUGUGGCGGCCGUGCUGCGUAUCCUGCGCCUGUGGAACGAGGUGCGCUUCGGUGCGCUCGAUAUCUAA